UCGCUCGCCACGGGCCCUCGAGGUCGCUUCUUACGCCAGGUGCCCCGCCUUUUGCGCUGGACCGCAGCACCGCCCCUAGGCCGGUCGGCUCCGCCUCUCCGGCGCCGUGAGCUGAGCGACCUGAUCAUCUUUGGCUGCCGCUUGCUCGCUAUCUACGCGGCAUAGAGGUGACCGAGCGGCGCGGGCAAGGCCAAGGGUGGUGGCCGCUACAACGCCACCGGGGCAUCCUUGUGGGCUGGGUCCACGGCUCGUGCCUCCGCCGCCGCCCUCCAGGUUUUCAGCUACUGAUGUUACAAGCAAUAACAUUGGAGCAGGGAAUUGAGGAAAAGAUAUAAACUAGGCUUUUCUUCAGUUAGUUAAAAACAUGGAUCCUGAGUCAGAAGGCCCCCACUCUGUCAAAGUGACACCUGUUCAGCAAGUGCUUGCCUCUUGUACUGGAGCUGUAUUGACAUCAUUAAUGGUGACGCCCCUGGAUGUUGUUAAAAUUCGACUCCAAGCCCAGAACAGCGCAUUCUCCAAAGGAAAAUGUUUUGUAUAUAGUAAUGGACUUAUGGAUCAUAUGUGUGUCUGUUGUGAAGAGACAGGCAGCAAAGCAUGGUAUAAGAAGCCAGGAAACUUCCAGGGAACACUGGAUGCCUUUUUAAAAAUCAUUCGAAAUGAGGGCAUUAAGUCCCUGUGGAGUGGCCUUCCUCCUACUCUAGUGAUGGCAGUUCCUGCCACUGUUAUUUAUUUUACCUGCUAUGAUCAAUUAAGUGCUGUUCUGAGAUCCAAAUUAGGAGAAAAUGAAACUAGAAUACCAAUUAUUGCUGGAAUUAUGGCCAGGUUUGGUGCAGUAACUGUGAUAAGUCCAUUAGAAUUGAUUAGAACCAAGAUGCAGUCUAAGAAGUUUUCUUACAAGGAAUUACAUCAGUUUGUCAGCAAGAAAGUAUCAGAAGAUGGCUGGAUUUCCCUUUGGAAGGGCUGGGCUCCUACUAUUCUUAGAGACGUACCUUUCUCAGCAAUAUACUGGUAUAACUAUGAAAUUUUAAAGAAGUGGUUCUGUGAGAAAUCUGGUAUAUAUGAACCAUCUUUUAUGAUCAACUUUACUUCAGGGGCAUUGUCUGGUUCUUUUGCAGCUGUUGUAACUUUGCCAUUUGAUGUGGUAAAAACACAAAAGCAGACACAACUUUGGACAUACGAAAGUCAUAAAAUUUCUGGGCCUUUGCAUAUGUCAACCUGGGUUAUAAUGAAGAACAUUGUUGCUAAAAAUGGAUUUUCUGGAUUAUUUACAGGUCUGAUUCCUCGCUUAGUCAAAAUUGCACCUGCUUGUGCCAUCAUGAUCAGUACAUAUGAAUUUGGGAAGGCUUUUUUCCAGAGGCAGAAUGAUCAGAGGGAGCAGCUGCAGUAAUCCAGUUUCAGCCUGAAAGAAUCAGAGCCAAAUAAGAUGGAGUCUUGUAGGCUAGAUCUUUUUAACGCUUAUUCUCUUAAAAUGAUUUUAUUUCAUUUCCUGUAAUUUAAAUGAACAGCAAUUUCUAUUCUACCUCAAAGUCAUAAUCUUAGUUUUAAAAUAAAAAUUUUCUUAUUUUCGGAGACUUAAAAAAAAUAUUCCAGAAACACAACAUUUUAUUUUCUUAUCAGCUAAAGAAAUACUACUUCACAUCAAAAGCACUGUGAGUUUGAUUUCAGUGUAACUUAAGUCUGUCUGAUAAGAAAGAAUCUUUCGAAUUGUACUUGAUAAAGUCUAGCAUGGGAGCUGUUGAAACUGGAAGUUGAACACAUGUACAGGGUUAUGGCAUGGCCAGGCAUGGCUGACCCGAAAACAAAGAGAUACAGCCUCAAAGGGCAAGAUAAGGCCACAGCUGAAGACACCUACCUGGCUCCAACCACACUUAACUAAAUAAACACUGUAGCUGCAAGCAUUUUACUCCUGUAUUGAAAUGCAACAUUGAGAUCUUCUCCUAAAUUCUUCUCCUAAAUUAACAUGAGAUAGUUCUCCUAAGUUAAACAUAAUCUGUUACUUGGAAAAGUCCUUGAACCACUCCCAAGGUCUAUUCAGUUUCCUGGGUUUUCUACUCUAACCCCUUCCUUGUCUGAAAACUAAAUCAGUAUGAGCCACCCUGAGAUAUUCUUUGUCUCAGCCCCCAGAGUCUCAGACUCUACAGAGGGUCUGAUCCUUCUGGAGCCCUAAAAUCAUACCACCUGUCUCAUUUAUUUAAGCCUUCUCCAUAACUUGUUUGGGAGACUGGGGAUGUAGGCCAAGUCCCUGAUAGUCUAGAAGAAAAAUGGUCAAGAUUUGUGCACAUUCAGAUCACGUAAAUAGAUACUUCAGGAAAGGAGGUGAUAAAGGGUAGCAUUUAAUAGCAUUUGUCAUAUUUGUUGAAUAUCACCUCAUAAUUUCUUUAAUUCAUAUGCACUUAUUUUUCUUUCUGCAUUACUAUUUCAAGGAUUCAUGUGGACUACAAUAUCUCUGAUUAAAAGUAUUAGAGAGGUUUUACUGAUGUAGUGAAUGUUCACUUAGACAUGGAUCUGCCGUAGAAACCACAUUGCAAUUAUAAGAUAAAAGAUAAAUUCUUUGGCACAGGAGCAGCCUCUGGACUAUAGCCAGCUUAGGAUGCAGGAGGUUCUCCAGAUCGUUUCUAUUGAUUUUCUUUUGACAAUAUGGCAGUCAUUACAGGUUGAGCUGCUCUAAUUUGAAAAUCUAAAAUCUGAAAUGCUCUAAAACCUGAAGCUUUUUAAUACCACAAGUGGAAAGUUCUACACCUGACCUCACAAAAUAAGAUUUGCAGUCAAAAUGCAGACACAUUGAAUAAAUGCAUCAAAUUCCUUUCAGGCCAUGUGUAUAAGAGGUUUGUGAAACUUCAGUGAACUUUGUAUUUUGACUCGCAUUCCUUCCCUAAGGUUUCACUAUAUAUACAUAAAUAUCCCAAAAUCUAAAAAAAAAAAAAAAAAAAAAAAAGGAAAUUAAAAUAUUUUCAGAGUGUCUUGAUUUACAAUAUCUCUCUCACGUUAAUAUGACAGGCCACAAGACUAAACAAGAAACUGUUUUCUUCCAGACGUUAUACAUGAUUAAAGAAUUUAGGUUAGGACUGGGGAUAUAGCUCAGCAGCAGUCUCUGCCUGGCUAAGUGUGAGGUCAUGAGUUUGAUUCCUAGUGCAAAAAAGAAAAACAAGAAGAGAUUAGCUUAACACAGUUUGUAGGAAUGAGAUUUUAAAAAGGAUCUGAAUGCCUUGGGGGUAAAGGUCAGUUGUAGAGUGUUUGCUUAGCAUGAACAAGCCCUGGAAUUUAUCCCUUCCCUCCCCAAAACAGGAUGAGAUGUAGUUUUCUUUUAUUAAUGUUUUUACUUGAUUUUUGUAGGAUCUGUCUUACAUGGAAAAGAAUGUUUCUGCAUUCAGUUUAUAUUGUAUGAAAAUGUGAAGAUUUCCCCCCACUAAAAUAUAGUGAUGUAUUUUGGUGACAGAUCUUCUCUAGUGUUGGUAGGGGAAUUAAUGCAUUUUUAUAUUGUAGUAGAAAUGUAUUUGUAUGUUUCAUGAGAAAUAAACUAUAUAGAAUUUGAAUGCAACCUUUUAUGUUUAUUUUACCCUGUUGAUUUACCUUAAAUUUACUGUAUAUAUACCCAUAUCAAUUUAAAUAUUCAUGAUUUUCUUAUAUUUUUUAUUAAACUAUUUUAUGCUUAAAAUUACCACUGUGUUUGUAAUUAGUUUUUGAUAAAAUUAUAAUGCUGUAUUUUAUAUAAUUUGGAAGUUUAUUUUUAGUACUGCUGUGUGACAUUACAUUACAUUAUAUAAAUUUACUUUUGGUUUGCUAUGCUUUUCUACAACUUAUGAAAAAGAAGAUACUAUGCUCUCAGAGUCACACAUUUUAACUAAAUGUCACUGGAUUGUCAAAAACUUUCUAUUUCCCCAAUCCUGGUGUUACACUUGAAGAAAAUUCUUAAUUAUAAAUAAGUGAAAUCUAAUUCCCUAGCAGUUUUGCUAUCACAUAUUGCAAACAGUGUAUCUGAACAAAUGGGAAACUCAGUUGAAGUUUUCUGUACUGUAAGUCCCUGACCUACGAACAUUUGAAUUAUGAACUUUCGCAGGUAUGCUGUAUAUACUCACUUUGUAAGAUUUUGAAGGAAUCCUAGGAACAUUCUCUUGGAACAGAACUCACGGACUUAACUGUGUAUAAAAGUGAUAAAGAAACAUUAAUACUUAAAAAUAUAUUAACAACAAAAGUUUGCUAGAAAUUAUUUCAGCCUUUGGCCUUAGUAGUUAUUGUAUUCUGUUGUCGAAAGACUACCUGGAUAAACUUAGUCUUCGAAAUAGCUAAGAUAAUUAAUGCUAAUUUUUCAAUUUUGUCCCAAAGUUCUGGGACAAAAUGUCAAUAAUGGAAAUAUUAUUGGUAGUAAUGCUAUCCUCUGCUUCACGUCACAUCAGUGCUUUUAAGCCAUACAGCUUCCCAGUCUUUUUAAUCACAUGUAAGUGAGAAUUCCAGUAUUUGUAAAUCAUAGUCUAAACAGUGUUUGAGAUAGAAGAUAGGAACCGGAGUGGAGUAUGGAAGUGGGCGAGGCCUGGGGAAGGCAGGGGGGCGAAGGGGAAAUGGAAAUGAUGUAGAUGCAUCUGUGUGACUCAGUUCCCCAAGAUGGGUGGAAUUGUGUAUCACAAACAUUAAUAAGAAAGGAAACUUAAAAAUAAGAUAAAAAAUCUGGUAUUUCUAAAGAAGACAAUUCUAUAACAUUGAAGUUAAAUUUUUAUCAAUUACUUAAAUGUAAAAAUUUUAAGUGUCUUGAACAUUCAGAUAUUGAAUGAAGCUUUAAUACAUAUAACUUAAAAAGUUGGUGUGAACUUUAAUAUUUUUUUAGGAAAAUACUUAACUGCAUCAGUCCUUUAAAUUCCAUUUUCUUUUAUCUGCAUACAAAUGUUAGGAGUAUGGGUAAAUUUAGUGUGUUACUUUUAAACUGUUUUCCAACAUUAACAUUUAAAAUAAAACGUUGUUCUUAUUUUUUAAUCUAACAACAAUUUUUGAGCUCUUCUAUGUGGCAGGCAGAAUCCAGCAUACUGAAGAAGAUAUUUUGAGUCUUACCACUGGGCACAGGAGAUUUCAUAAUUGUGAUUUAUAGAAGUAUGCAAAGAGAAUUAUGGGAACUUUGAGGAGCUCUUCAUUUAUCUUGGAAGCAGAGAUUGUCAAGAUGUUUAAGGUUAGGACUUACAGGGUGUUAUGGUUUGAAAACUGGUGGUCAACUUAACGCCAGCUGGAUUACAUCAGCGUGCAUUGAGAGAAGAUUCUCCACCUGAGGAGGGUUGCCAGGAUAAACAGGUGGAGAAGAAGAGAGGUGUUGGGAGGGAUUGAGGCGUGGAGACAUUGUGGGUUCUCCUGCGAGUUGCUGUCUGAGCUGUUGGUUCUCCUGGAGAAGCUUUGGUCUUCACAUCGAGCAUUGCUUCCUGGCUCCGGAGGGGAAGACAUGUGCUGCCUGGUCUCCAGGAUGAACUCGUCAUGCUGCUUCCUGGCACGUACCCGACUGUGCUUGUCGUCGGAGGAGCUUGGGGCCUCCGUGUGGCUAAGGACAGCUGUGGUGCCUUUCAGGACAGCCCUGCUCUUUGUUGUGAGUGUGACUUCUCAGCUCCAGUGUAGAACCCUCAUCCCACUAGCACAGCUCCUUCAUCCUGCUGGCAUAGACUUUCUGGCUUCCACUGCUGACUCUUGGGUCUUCCCGGCACGAAUCCGUGAAAGAGACUGGCGUGAGUCCUUCCUGUGGGCUCUAGACUUUUAGUUGGACUCGUGGAGGCGUUGUUCUGAGCUCUGGGUUUUUAUCUGGACUCAUGUGGGACAUUGCCGUGGGGUUUAGGCUCUUGACUAAAUAAUCUAUGUCAUUGGUGUUGUAGAUAGAUUUCCUGCAUUCUCCUGUGUUGACUGCCGGUUAUAAAAAUAUUAUAAACUCCAUGUCCUGAUGUGAA